AUGUAUAUGGCAAAAGAAGAGUUUGAAUUGAUUGAUAGGACAGAAACAUCAAACUGCUCUACGAUCACAACACCAAACAGCAAAGUGAGGUUUCGAUUUCCUGAGAAGAAAGAGUUCUGGUUAUCGAAUACAGGAUCAAGAGCGUAUGUCUUCCGGUUAUUCACUUGUUUUUAUGCUAUAUUUAUUGUGAUUGCUGGAAUUGUUAUAGAACUAUCAAAUAUUAUCGCAGCUACAGAAAACACCGACAAGAUCAGUGUAAAAGAUCUGGUUCUCGGAACAUGGCUACUCGGUGGCUCCAUCGUAUUCAUUGCGUACUGCUCAUAUUUAGUCCAUGAUAUGCAUUUCACAAUAAAACGACGUCGUCAAAGUCUUCGAAAUAGUGCUAUGAGUGACGGGACGGGACCAGAAGUGCUUGCAAACACUUCAACCGGAAGCUUAUAUCUACGACUCGGUUGUGUUUUAUUUGGUAUAAUUGGUGUAGUUUAUUAUCUCCUCAUUUUUGUGAUAUGUCUACUGGGAUGGACUUCAAACGAAGGAGAAUGCAGUGCCAUAUCAGAUAUUCUGAAUAUGAUGGCAGCAGUAUUUAUAUUUGUGCAGAUGUGGUUUGUCUAUUGCAAUGGAAAAAUCAUAUUCACCGGAGAUGGCAACCUUGCAAGGUUUGGGUUGAUGCAUUUAACUGGGACCAACUUAUGGAUGUGGCUCCGUUAUAUUCUCUAUGAGGAAGUUGAAACUAUCAAAGAAAUCAGACAUGUUCAACACGAGAAUGACUCCAGAAUAGAAGAACCAUGCAAAGGAGUCCUUUGUGUUUUCAAUGGUUACAACGAGUUCAUGUAUACAUGUGUCGUCGAGUACUCCCUGAUUUGCGCUGGUGUAGCUUUUGUUUUUUGGACUAACUUGGAGAGACUCAAGAGGGAUCAAAUGGAGAAGAAAAUGAGAAAACGGAGUAUUCUGAAAAUUGACUGCUCUCGAACUGCAGAAGGACUAUUCGCUGGGUUUGCCUGUAUCAUCAUCACUAUAAUUGCAAUUGCUCUGUUUAAUGCAUACUCAUCUGACAAAAAUGUUGCACAAUGGAUUUUUGCUUGUACGAACAUGAUAUUCUUUUUGGUCUCCACAUUUUUGGUGAUUUUCGCAUUUUGGAGGAUGAAAUAUUUGACGUUUUUAAUGGAAGACGACGAUCGAGAAGAUGACAACGCCGAGUUACUUGAUAGAAUUCUGCUGGUAGUUGGCUUGAUGGGAGAACUCACAUUCUCUAUUGGUGGAAUCUUGUCAUUUGUGAACAACAUGACAAUUGGCCUUCCGCUCAUCAUUUUUAUCACAAAUGUUCUAAGAUUGAUCCAAGUGACAUUCCAAAGUGGAUUGAUUAUGGUUGCGUCUCGGUUGAGAUUAGAAGAAGGCAACGCUCAUAUGCUCAGGUACAAGCCAGGAAAACAGGUCAUCACUAUGUUGCUUAUGAUGAAUUGUGCACAGUUCCUGAUGAACAUCUUCGAAGCGCAAAAGGCUGGAAUUAAUGAUGAAAUGAUAGCUAUGUAUGGAUCAUAUUACUGGGCAAUUAUAGUUCGAGGCUGCUCACCACUCACUAUUUUCUACAGAUUUCACAGCUCCGCGUGCUUCGCCGAGGUCUGGAAGAAGACUUUUAGACCACCGAAGAAACCGAAAGAGCACGAGGAAGAGCGUACCCAGCUGUGA